AUGAUACCGUGCUUUAUCCGUCACCCUCAGAUAGAAAAGUAUAUAUGGUUCCAAAAUCCAAUCUAUAAUAACACCACUAAAGAGUACGAAGGAAAGGUCGUGUUUAACAGUUCAUAUGAGUCCCCUGAAAAUCGAGUGCAGCGUUUGGAAGAAAAACUGGACAAUUGCACAAUUCUGAUAAGAAAUGUCCAAGAAGAAGACACUGGGACCUACGGAUUGAGAUUGUGGCUGUCGAAUGAGAAGUGGAUGGAAAGGAAUCUGUCCAUCUUGGUUUCUGAUAUCGGACCUGAUUUUAAAAUAGAACAAAAGGAUGUCCGACUAAAAGAGAACCAACAAGUCACAUUGGUUUGCUCUGUAAAUUAUUACUGCCCAGAGUACCAGGUCAACUUAUCUUGGACCGGAAUCACGGAUAAUGAUGCGAAAGCCGUCGUAAGUGUGGAUACUAAAAAUCUGCAGACCACGAACAAGUUGACUUUUAAGCCAUCAUGGAAGGAUCAUAACCAAACAAUACGGUGCAUUCUGAGCAGGCCAAGUUCAGAAGCGGAAAGUCGAAAUAUCACUCUGAACGUUGAGUAUGCUCCAGAAGGUGUUCACAUUUGGCCUAACAAUUCUCUAUUAGUAAUUAGGAAACCUGAAAAGGUAACUCUGGAAUGUAGGGUGAAUAGCAGUAAUCCACCCGUUAAAUACUUUAGGUGGUAUGAAACUUUCAGCAGAUCUGAAAAACUACUAGGGGCCAAAGACAAGACUUUUAUCAUCGACCGAGCCGGGAACUUCAAGUGUGAGGCUACAAAUGAUGUCAGCAAAUCUAUGUCAAAAGCCAUAUCUGUUUUUGUGCAAUUUCCCCCAGAAUCCGUAAAAAUUAUAAAGCCACCUUGGAGCAUUAACGAAGGAGACCGUGUUAUUUUAGAAUGCUCUGCUAAGGCAAUUCCUGAUCCAACCAAAUACAUCUGGUACAAGAACGAGAAACGGGAUUCUGAUCACACCACCAAGCAUUAUAAUUUCGAAAGGAUAACGGAAGAUCAUGCGGGAUCAUAUCAGUGUGAGGUUUACAAUGCACUCGGGCAAAGCAAAUCCGAAUCCUUACAUUUGGAUGUCAAAUAUAAACCAAAAAACCCCGAAGUAAUACUUGAUCCGGAAGGGACUUCGUUCACUGAGGGGCAGAUAGUUACAUUUCUCUGCCUUACGAACAGAAGCAACCCUCCAGUAUUAAAAACCGAAUGGCGCAAGAAUGAAAAGGUCAUCGAUAUAUCUAAACCGCUAAAGCUAGCACCAAAGGAUUCUGGGAGUUACAAAUGUAGUGUUGAAAAUGAAGUAGGUUCCACGGUCUCAAAAAGUAUACCCAUAACGGUCCUUUACCGUCCAAAUCAAGUGACAGCUGAAAUUGUAAAUAGUGACAAAAUAAAGGAAGGUGAAAAGAUUUCAUUGAAAUGCACAGCGAGCCCGAGCGAGCCUAAAGUCAGCGGCUACGCGUGGUACAAGGACGGGGACCUGUAUCCGCAAACCAGCCAGGCGAUCGAGUUUCAAAGCAUAAAGUGGACGGACUCUGGAGAUUACGCCUGCGAAGCGCAGCACGUCGUAGGAAAUGUGAAAUCUCAGACUGUGAACGUUAAUGUUCAGUAUGCUCCGCGUCAAGUGGCCAUUUCAGUAGACCCUUCGCAAUGGGUGACGGAACACUCACGCGUGGCCAUGACAUGUAAUGCAAAGGCCAACCCAGGUCGCCCAAUGACCUAUGAAUGGUAUCGAAACAAUGUUUCGCUGAGAAUGUACAGUGGAGUAGCCACACUUUCAAUCAUUAAAAUACAGACGGCUGAAGAAGGACAUUAUUAUUGCACGGCGAAGAACCAGGUUGGGAUUGGGCGGUCCAACACUGUUUAUCUACGUGUUUCAUAUAGUGCCUUUACCAUAGGGAAGUACACAUCAACAGGUCUUGGGGUACUUCUAGCCAUCAUUUUAUUGGUUUUGGCCAUCCGGUUUAAAAUUUGGAGAAAGCUACAAAGGAAUCCAACAGACGACAUAAGUGAUUCAUCCUUCUUUGUCCUGAAAAAGUCGCACAAUGAGUUACUGGAUGGUGGGGUUAGACAAAGUCCAUCUGUACAUAGCUCUGUAGAACAUCUGGACUACUCCACCAUAAUAUUUCAAGCUUCAAACGAAAGAGAAACCCAAGGACCCAGGAAAGGAAGAAACUCUCAAGAUCCUGGAGUUAUCUACAGUGUGGUGAGGAAGCCACAUGGUGAAAUGCACGAGUAUGAGAACGUUAAGUCAGCAAACAACGACCAGGAAGAGAUACAUUAUUCGACAAUCGUCAACCGGGCAAAAGGGGGGGCAGUGCGUCAAAAUGAUUUGUCUGUUGAAUAUGCCACUCUCAAGUGUUGAACCCAAACUAUGUUAUUUCACGGGCAUUAAUGCAAGCAAAUUCUUACACGUGUUAAUAAUAUUAACCCUUUGUGCUGAUGCGUAGAUUCUUCCGAGAAUCCUGGUAACAAAGCAAAAUCAGUUUUAGGCAAUGGAUGGACCAUAACCCCAACUUCUGAUACCUGGAGAUCUGAGAGUUGAAGUCCAUCAAUGAUCUGAGAGAUGUAGUUAAUCAUUAGGUUUAUCAUCCUAUAGUCUAAUAGAAGCCAUACCACUUGGGCAACAAGAAGUAGAUGUUUAAGUGACUAUGAGAAAGUCCAAUUAAAUAAAACCAAGGUAGAAGUUGAUGAGGAUAUUAGGUCAAUGGCUGAGGCACUGUUGACCACUCCUCUGUAUUACAUUAUAUUGUGUCAUUGUGUGUAAUUACAAUAUAUGUGUUGUAUAUACGUCCAAAUGCAAGCUUAUGACUUGUGUAGAUGGCCCUGGUGAAUAACCCGGCCCUAGGACAGAAUAUGUCUUCCCAUUCUAUAACGAGCCUGACUAAAUAUUAGCCUUAUAGAACCCUCGACUUGGGGGCCUCAGGGACAGACCUCUCCUAGUAGACACCGCCAAGCACCUCAUUUUUAACAGGUGACACAUGGGCCACAGUCUAAUUUCCGAAUCUCAGAGCCUGUGACCAU